AUGGCGGAGAGGAGUGAAGCUGUCCACAGAUUCCACAGGGAGAUCAUGGAUGAAGGUGUUGUGGAGAAAUUGGCAGGGUUACCAACAAAGAUAUCCAUGUGCGACAAGGUCAAAAAUUCACUAAGGUCGAAUCUCAAUUCCAGGCGCUUAUGUCCCAGAGUGAUGAGCUCCCUGCUGAGUGCUCUGCCCAUUUUGUCGUGGUUGCCUCGUUACUCCAUCAAAGAAAAUGCUCUGGGUGACCUCAUCUCUGGACUCAGUGUGGGCAUCAUGCAGUUGCCGCAAGGUAUGGCUUAUGCCUUGCUAGCUGCAGUUCCUCCAGUUUUUGGCCUUUACACUUCCUUCUACCCCGUCCUCAUCUAUUUCAUCUUCGGCACAUCCAAGCACAUCUCAAUAGGAACAUUUGCAGUAAUUAGUGUGAUGCUCGGUGGGGUGACAGAGCGAUUAGCUCCAGACUCUGCGUUUAUGAUGUGGGACAAUUUGACAAAUUCGACUGUAUUAAAUGUCGCUGACCGAGAUGCAGAACGGAUAAGAGUGGCUACUGCUGUUACUUUGUUAACUGGAUUAUUUCAGAUCCUACUAGGCCUGGUCCAUUUUGGAUUUGUGGUGACCUACCUGUCGGAGCCACUUGUCAGAGGGUACACAACAGGCGCUGCAAUCCACGUUAUCGUGUCCCAGCUGAAAUACACAUUUGGACUUAGCCCCUUGAGAUACAGCGGACCACUCUCAUUGAUAUAUACGGUCUUGGAGAUAUGUUAUCUAAUUCCACAGACCAACGUCGGGACUCUGGUGGUCAGCAUUGUUGCCAUUGUUGGCCUCAUCCUAGCCAAGGAGCUCAAUUCAUACUUAAGUAAAAAAAUACCUGUCCCAAUACCUGUGGAGUUGCUUGCUAUUACCAUAGCUACUCUCGUGUCUUGGCAAAUCAACCUUCAGGGGAAAUAUGGAGUGGAUGUGGUUGGAGAAAUUCCAUCAGGGCUCCAGCCGCCUGUUUUCCCGGAUACCUCACUUUUUGUACAGGUGAUUGGGGAUGCAUUCGCACUGUCUGUGGUUGGCUACGGUAUCGCCAUCUCACUGGGAAGGAUCUUUGCACUGAAAUAUGGGUACAAGGUGGACAGUAACCAGGAACUAUUAGCCUUGGGGCUCAGUAACUUCAUCGGGGCAAUGUUCCAGUGUAUCACCGUCAGCUGCUCUAUGUCCCGCUCUAUGGUUCAGGAGAGUACGGGAGGGAAAACUCAGGUUGCCGGGGCGCUAUCAGCAAUUGUUAUUCUUUUCAUCACCCUUUGGAUUGGAGCUCUGUUUCAAGACCUUCCGAAGGCAGUUUUGGCGGCCAUCAUCUAUGUUAACCUGCAUGGCAUGAUGAAGCAAUUCAUGGACAUCCCCGCAUUAUGGAGGAGCAACAAAAUAGACAUGAUAAUCUGGAUCACCACUUUCCUCCUCACCUUAUUGUUGAAUCCUGACCUCGGACUGGCUGCCUCCAUUGGCUUCUCAAUGCUUACUGUCAUCUUUAGGACACAACUACCCAAGUACUCCAAAUUAGGGCAGAUUCCAAACACAGAAAUAUAUAGGCCUUUGGAGGACUACACUGAGGUGAGAGAAGUGCCGGGUAUUCUGAUCUUUCGAUCUUCAGCCACACUUUACUUCGCCAAUGCUGAGAUGUAUCAGGAUGCACUGGGAAAAAAGUUUGGCUGUGACAUCACCAAAAUUCUGUCAGCAAAAAAGAAACUUGAAGCCAAAAAAAAGAAGCAUGAGAAGCAAAAGGCCAAAAAUGGUGAAAAAAACAUUGUUACAGACAUGGUAAGACAAAUGAAAGCCGAAUUUUGCUUUCAAAAUGAUAUAGCCACCAUUGAGAUGGAUUCUGAGCCUAAUCCCUCAUUGCCCAGGGCCAUCAUCCUCGACCUCAGCCCUGUCAACUUCUUGGACACAGUGGGAGUCAAGACUUUGCGUGGUAUUGUCAAAGAUUAUGGCGAAAUCGGUGUGGAGGUGAUGCUCGCAUCUUGCCAAACUGGCGUCAUAGAAAAUCUGCACACAAGCAAUUUCUUCAAUGAUAGAGUGACACUGUCUCGCCUCUUCGCCACCAUCCAUGACGCUGUGCUUUUCAUUCAGUCGGAGCAAGUGCAAAUCAAUGAGGUGAUGUAA